AUGGAGGCCUCUGCGCCCACCCCUCCCGCGACUGGCUUCCCAGCUGAAGGUCGAUGCGGCUACUUUGUAGAAAAGAAGAAGCGGUUCUGCAGGAUGGUGGCGGCCGCAGGGAGAAGGUUCUGUGGCGAACACGCCGGAGUCGCGGAGGAAGAAAAUACGCGGAAAAGAAUCUUGUGUCCUUUAGACCCAAAACAUACAGUAUACGAAGAUCAACUAGCAAAGCAUUUGAAAAAAUGUAACUCAAGGGAGAAGCCAAAACCUGAUUUCUUUAUUCAGGAUAUUAAUGCAGGCUUAACAGAUGAAACAGAAAUACCCGAACAAUUAGUCCCAAUUUCUUCUCUAUCUGAAGAGCAGAUGGACAACCUAAUUAAGAAACUGAGGAAAGCAAGUGAAGGUUUGAAUUCUACACUUAAACAUCACAUUAUGUCCCAUCCAGUGUUACAUGAUGCCCUUAAUGACCCUAAGAAUGGUGAUUCUGCAACCAAGCAUCUGAAACAGCAGGCUUCUAUUUUAGGUAACAUUGAAAAACUAAAGUUACUUGGUCCAAGAAGAUGUUUUGUUGAAUUUGGAGCAGGAAGGGGAAAACUGUCUCAUUGGGUUGAUAUUGCCUUAAAAGAUGCCGAAAACGUUCACUUCAUCCUUGUAGAAAAGAUGACCACAAGAUUCAAGGUAGAUGGUAAACACAAAAAGAAAAAUUCAGUGUUUGAAAGACUUCAGAUUGAUAUUCAACACUUGUGUUUGAACAGAAUUCCUGUGCUAAGAGAAGGAAAACUACCUGUAGUAGGCAUUGGAAAGCAUUUGUGUGGGGUGGCAACAGAUCUUGCAUUACGAUGUUUGGUUGAAACCUAUGCUGCCAAUUGUGAGGAAAAGAGUGAAGAACCUUUAGCCAAACGUAUAAAGAAUGAUAAAACAGCAAAAGAAAUGAAGGCUUUGACCAAGGAAGGAAAUGAAACUCUUGUCCCAGAGAAAUGGACCCCUGUGGCUGGCAUUGUUAUUGCACUCUGUUGUCACCACAGGUGUGAUUGGAGACAUUAUGUAGGCAAAGAAUAUUUCAGGUCUUUAGGCCUCGGAGCCGUGGAAUUCCACUAUUUCCAGCGAAUGAGUAGCUGGGCAACUUGUGGGAUGAGGAGAACAUCUUUGGAAACUUCUACUAUCACCACACAGAGAAAGGAUUUUCAGAACGAUGAAGAAGAGCACGAUGAUGGAGGAUACAGAAUCACAGAUGAUGGUGCUGACGGUCUGCCGGGGCUUCUUACUGCCGAAGAAAAGAAACAAAUAGGGCAUCUUUGUAAAUUGCUGAUUGACCAAGGCCGAGUCAAUUAUUUACAGCAGCAAGGAUUCAGUCCAGCUUUACAGUACUACACAGAUCCUCAGGUGUCUUUGGAAAACGUGUUGUUAACCGCGUUGCCAGAACAUUCAUCAACAGAAACAACUGCUUAAUGGAAAAGACAUUUGAACAGCAUCCAUCUUCUACCAAGAAGCAAUUUUUUAAAUUAUAUUUUUAUAUUCAUUAAAGUAAAUAGCAGUGUGAACUUUUAGGGAUUCUGUGGCCUCUUUAAGCUUUCAUGAUGGCUUUGUUUUUGCUUCCGAGUCCAAAUAUUGGAGAAUUCACCAAGUCCCCGAAGUAAUCUUUAGCAGAU